AUGUUUACUCGUCAAUUUAAUUCAACAUUUUUUAAGCUGAACGAAGUUAACAAACCCUAUUACGUAACUACACCAAUAUUUUAUGUGAAUGCUGCACCACAUGUUGGACAUCUUCAUUCUAUGGUACUUGCGGAUACAAUCAAAAGAUGGAACGGUUUUUUAAGUGUUACGAAUACUCCAGCAUAUCUCACGACUGGAACUGAUGAGCAUGGCCUUAAAGUACAGCAAGCAAGUGCAAAUGCUGGUGUUGAAACAAAAGCUUUUGUAGAUAACGCAAGCAAAACAUUUAAAAUAUUGGCAGACAAAGCGCAUAUAUCCUAUGACCGAUUUAUAAGAACAACUGAUGAUGAUCACAUAGAAGCCUCUAGACAGCUGUGGAAGAUAUUGCAGACGAACGGAUACAUUUAUAAAGGUCAGCAUUCUGGUUGGUACAGUGUAUCUGAUGAAACGUUUUAUCCGGAAACCCAAAUUGAAAAAAAAAAACUUGAGGAUGGAUCAGAUCAAUAUAUUUCUAUUGAAACUGGAAAAACUGUUGAAUGGUCGUCGGAAGAGAAUUAUUUUUUUGCUUUAUCAAAAAUACAACCUCAGUUACUGGAUCAUAUCGAAAAAAAUAAGAGAUUUAUUUUUCCUCAAAAAAGAUAUGAACAGAUCCUUCGCGAAGUUAAAGAGGGCUUAAGUGAUUUGAGUAUUUCUCGACCCAAAUCUAGAUGCUCAUGGGGGAUUCCGGUCCCAGGUGCAGAAGACGUGCAAGUUAUGUAUGUGUGGCUCGAUGCUCUUACGAAUUAUCUUACAAGUGCAGGAUUUCCUAACUUAAAGCCAAACUCUCCUUGGCCUGCCAAUGUUCAUGUUAUUGGAAAAGAUAUUAUUCGAUUUCACGCUAUAUAUUGGCCUGCAUUUCUUUUGGCUGCUGGCUUGCCACUUCCAGAUCAUAUUGUUGCUCAUUCUCAUUGGACAAUGAAAGGAUCAAAAAUGUCUAAGUCAUUAGGAAAUGUUGUUGACCCUGUUCAAACUUUAAACACUUUCGGUGUUGAUUCUGUGAAAUUUUUCUUAAUGAAUGACUCAUUUCUUUCUCGCGACAGCGACUAUUCAAACGAUAGAAUAAUUCACAGGCAUAACACUGAGCUCGUUAAUAAAUAUGGAAAUUUGGUUGUUCGGGUCUGUGGUAAAGCAUUUAACAUUCCAAGAUCUAUUUCAUCUGAUUCUAAAAUUUUCAGAAAUGAAUCGCUCAUUCAUCAAAUAAAUGAUCUACCAGAAAAAGUUGCAACUCAUAUGAAAAACUUUAAUACUGCCCAGGCUUUAUCUGAUAUUUGGUCUUUAAUUUCUUCUGCAAAUACAUAUGUUCAAGAAUCUGAGCCAUGGACUCUCAAAUCCAAUAUUGAAAAGCAGGAUGCAAUUAUAAAAGAUGUCAGUGAGGCUGCACGUGUAUCUUCUAUUUUAUUGAAUUCAUUUAUUCCUGAGAUUUCAUCAGCAAUGCUUGAUCGUUUAGAAGUUAGUAAGGAUAAAAGAAAUAUUCUGUUUGCUUCCUAUGGCACUGAUACAUCUUAUGGUAAGAAUGCAAAUAGAAAAGGAGAUUAUCCCAUAAAGUCUAUUGAAACAGACUAA